UCCGGGCGCCUCUCGGCGGGACCGGAAGCGGAAGUGCCCGGAGAGCCGUGAGGGACGCACCGUGCCGCUGGCCGCCCAGCCGGCGCGGAGCUGGACAGGACGGCGGUGGUGGAGGCGAGUGGGCAGCCGGCGCGAUGGCGACGGGCGCGGACGUGCGGGACAUCCUGGAGCUGGGGGGAGUGGAGUCGGAGAACACGGGCACCAUCAACAAGAAGGACAUCAUCAACUCAGAUAAGAAAAAAUCCAAGAAAUCUUCAGAGACGUUGACGUUUAAGAGGCCAGAAGGAAUGCACCGAGAAGUUUACGCACUCCUCUACUCUGACAAAAAGGAUGCGCCUCCGCUGCUGCCAAGCGACACAACUCAGGGUUAUCGAACUGUCAAAGCAAAACUGGGGUCCAAGAAAGUCCGGCCUUGGAAGUGGAUGCCCUUCACCAACCCGGCGAGAAAAGAUGGGGCGAUGUUCUACCACUGGAGGAGAGCAGCGGAGGAGGGGAAGGACUACCCGUUUGCCAGGUUCAAUAAAACGGUGCAGGUACCAGUCUACUCGGAGCAGGAGUACCAGAUGUAUCUCCACGACGAUGCAUGGACCAAAGCCGAGACAGACCACCUCUUCGACCUGGCUCGGCGUUUCGACCUGCGCUUCGUGGUGAUUCAUGACCGCUAUGAUCACCAGCAGUUCAAGAAAAGGUCAGUGGAGGACCUGAAGGAACGCUAUUACCAUAUCUGUGCCAAGCUGGCUAACAUCCGCGCGGCUCCGGGCACAGACCUGAAAAUCCCAGUCUUCGAUGCUGGCCAUGAGAGGAGGAGGAAGGAACAACUGGAAAGGCUGUACAACAGGACACCAGAACAGGUGGCAGAAGAAGAAUACCUCAUUCAGGAGCUCCGCAAAAUUGAAACCAGGAAGAAAGAGAGAGAGAAGAGAACACAAGAUCUGCAAAAACUCAUCACAGCUGCUGACACCACCACUGAACAGAGACGUGCCGAACGCAAGGCUCCUAAGAAGAAGCUUCCACAGAAGAAGGAGACAGAGAAGCCUGCCGUUCCUGAGACUGCUGGCAUCAAGUUUCCUGACUUCAAAUCUGCAGGUGUCACGCUGCGAAGCCAGAGGAUGAAACUGCCAAGCUCGGUGGGACAGAAGAAGAUUAAAGCCCUGGAGCAGAUGCUGAUGGAACUCGGAGUAGAUCUCAACCCGAUGCCCACGGAGGAGAUCGUGCAGAUGUUCAACGAGCUGCGGAGUGACCUGGUGCUGCUGUACGAGCUGAAGCAAGCCUUUGCCAACUGUGAAUACGAGCUGCAGAUGUUACGGCACCGCUAUGAGGCGCUGGCCAAAGCUGGCAGUAUAGGCCCCCUCAGUGCGGAAGGUGCCCAUCCAGAUGGCCAGGCAGGGCUCGGCAUGGAGGAGGGCAAGGGAGAUGCCAAGGACCAGAUCAUUGAUGUAGUAGGAGCACCACUGACCCCCAACUCGGUGAGGAGGAAGGUCGGGGGGGCAGAACAGGGAGCACUCAGGUCUCCGACGCAGAUGCCCUGACGAGCGCUGGGGACGCUGCCCUGCUCUCCCUCCAGGCGUGCGCGUCCAAGGGAGCACAGCACGCCCGUUUCCCCAAGUCCCAGUGCUCUCUGGGCUCGUCUCCUGUGCUGGACAGUGUUCUUGGUGCUAUAGGUGGGGUCAGCAGGUCUUUCUACAUCCUGCAUGCAGGCAGAUGGCUUGAUGCGGGUGCCACCGUGGACCAAAGCAGCGAGGCUUUGGGUGACGAGAGCUUGCACCGGGGCAGCCACAGUGAAGCCAGUACAGCUGCAGGCCUGAGGCAUUUUCCUUCUAGACACAGCCCCAUAAGGGCUGCUCAGCAGAGGGAAGCAAGUGGGAAAAGCAGCCUUGAUAUGAUGAGCCAUGACUUGCCCAAGUCCCUGGAGCUGAGGGGUAGCCCUACCUGGGGCAGGAGGCUGGGGAAGGAGAGAGGUAUGUGAAGAGCAACGGGGUGUUUCUCUGCCCCACCUCCAGUGCCGAGGAAGGAAAGCCAGACCCAGGGGUUCUGGAAGCCACUGAAGCUUCAACCACGAGCCCUGCGCCAGUGUCCUGUGCAUGCUGUAAAUCCAUCACCAGCUCUCUCCUCCCCACCUCCCCGAGGGUGGGCUGCCAGCCCCUCACCACUGCCUCAGGGCCGAGGGUCCGCCUGGGGUCAGCCAAGGUUGCUUUCCCCCCUCCCUGCGGUCCCCUGGCACGGCUGAGCUGAACUGCCUGCUACAAGCUGCCCCUCUCCACGCAGUGGCAUCCCCGACGCCUCAGCCAACCUGCCCCGGUAGCGUCACAGCCCUUUACUUUCUCAAAUGUAUGAUGUAUUAUUGCAGGAUCUUGAGAACACCUUAUCUGUCAACGGCAGAGGUGACACAUUAAUCUGGACUUGAGUAAUGUCCUCUUCAAUUGUCACAAUAUGGAGUCAUAAGGAAGCGUUCUGCCGAGACAGGUUCAUGUUUGCAAAGGAGUCUUCUGAAUCUUUUUUUUUUCCACUGCAUUCCACCCGAAAUCUCACCCCUCCGUGCGGUCCAGGGUAUGUCCCGGUUUGGAAACCUCCUGGGCUGGUUCACAACUCACCUCCUCUUCCCAAGGAGCAGGCUCAAGGGAAAGGGAGAGCGGUGGUGGUGGUGGCCGUGGCUGCAGGAGGAGGGAGCCCCCAGCGUGUUCCUGACCACGUCCCUCCUCAGCGCCACCUCCUGGAGCUGGAAACAAAGAGGUGGGCCCGGGCAGCGCAGAGAGGGUUAAACUGACCUGGUCUCUGACAUAUUUGAAAGAAAUAUAAUCAAGUUAAUUCACUGCAAGGCAAAUUCAGUACCUAAAGGGCCUCCAUGUUAAAUACAGCACUGACCUUUACCGGCUGAUUACACAAAGACGACACAAUUAGAUUAGUCCAAGACAAAAGGUCAAGCACAUUCACACUGUGACCAUUUUAUGUUACCUUUUGAGGGGGGAAAAAAUUACAUCCCAGCUGGAGGGGUAUCUUGGAGAGAAGGGGAACGGGGCUGCUGUGCCACGUUCUGCCUGGCUCGGGCGUGCUUGGAGAGUUGGGCAGGGCCUAGCACAGCACUUGCCUUGUGCCUUCCUGCAGCUCCGGGUGCUCAGGCAGUGUCAGGGACCAGCAGCUCGUGGCCCACAACCAUCUUUUCCCAAGGAUGGGCUGAGCUGCUUGGAGGCCGUGCACUGCUGGUGUUCCCUGCCCUGCCCCGGUGCCUCUCGCUGGGUGUCACGGUUAGAAUCAGCACCUG